AUGGCAAACGAACCGUCACGCACAACGGAGGAUACAGCUGACGCAGGGCCCGCCGCAUCUUCUCGUGAUGCAACUGCUUCACAAGAUGGAGCCCAGCCUUCGUCAACGGACACAGCUCGAAUUCCUGAUAGCGAAGAGGUUGACGAGCUAGAGGAAGACGUAGAAGCCGAGAGGAUGCUUGCCGAUGGUGUUGCUGAAGUCGUCACGGCUCGUCCAGUGGAGGAGGAGGAGGAUGACGGCGAGGAUCUUCUUGGCGAGGACAUGGUCAAUGAUUACCGCCCCUUGGAGCAACUUGAUCGAUAUGAGGUUGAUGAGGCAGCGGAAAAUGAUGCCGUUGAGGAGAUGAGUGUUGCCGCUCGUCGCCGAGCCGAGAGGGAGAUGCGUGAAACAGACCGUCGCGCCAACCGUGCCAGGAAUAUCAGAGGACGUGCAGGGGCUGGCCAGAUCAACAACGAUGACUCUGACUCAGACGAAGAAGGAGAGGCCGGCUUUCAGAGACGCCGAGCUCAUCGUGACGCCCGUCGGGAGGCCAUCCUUUCAAGACACCGCUCCACUCGAACGACUGACUCGGUCGCUGAAGGGUCUCAGGCUUCUGGCCCGCGUGCCUCUCAAGGCGAUGGAACCCCUGCUCUCAGCUAUCGCGAUGAUGAACACGAUGGGGUUAAUAACGCCGAGCCAUUUGAUCUUGAUGCGAAUGCGAAUCAAGGACAGUCGGUGGUUGCAAUCCUUCGUGACGACGCAGCUCGCAAGGAGGUUUUCAAUCGUUUCACUUCCUUUCUUCGGACAUACUCUGACGACAGGACGGAUUCUCUUGUUUACAUGGAUCGCAUCCGUAUGAUGGCCGCCGAGAACGGUCAGAGCUUGGUUGUCAAUUUCAAGCACUUUUCUGUUGCAGAACCGACUGUUGGCAUUUGGCUCGCUGACGCCCCUACCCACAUUCUCGAAAUCUUCAACGAAGCUGCGACGGACGUCACAAUUAACAUUUUUCCUGAGUAUGAACGAAUCCAUCCAGAGAUAUUUGUCCGUAUUUCAGAACUCCCAGUAUCUGAUCACCUCAGAGAUAUUCGCCAUAUCCACCUGAACACCUUGAUUAAGGUAUCGGGCGUAGUAACGCGGCGCUCUGGGGUCUUUCCCCAUCUUCGCAUGGUCAAGCUGAACUGUGAGAAGUGCAAACGUGUUCAAUCCCCGACCUCCACUACUUCAAAAACUCCUGAGAGAAGUAUGACUGUUUGUUCCGAGUGUGGUUCUAGAGGUCCUUUCACAGUCAAUUCAGAACAAAGUCUGUUUGGUAACUUUCAGAAGGUUAAUUUGCAGGAGAGCCCAGGCUCUGUACCAGCUGGUCGGCUCCCGCGAUACAAGGAAGUGAUACUCUUGAAUGAUCUGAUUGACUGUGCACGCCCAGGAGAGGAAAUUGAAGUCACGGGUGUCUACCGGCACAACGUUGACCCUUCCAUUAACAUCACCAACGGCUUUCCGGUGUUUGCAACGGUUAUUGAGGCCAAUUACAUUCGGAAGAUGGAAGAUGCACACGCUGAUAUGGCACUUACUGAUGAUAACAUCGCUGAGAUUCGGCAACUCUCCAAGGACACGAGAAUUGCUGAAAGAAUAUUUGCGUCCAUGGCACCCAGUAUCUACGGACACGCAAACAUCAAGAGAGCAAUCGCUCUUGCCCUUUUCGGCGGGCAGUUUAAGGAGGUCGGCGAGAAACAUCGUAUCCGCGGAGACAUCAACUUGUUGAUGAUGGGCGACCCGGGAACGGCAAAGUCGCAAUUCUUGAAAUACGUGGAGAAGACUGCCCACCGUGCUGUCUACGCAACUGGAAAAGGUGCUUCAGCCGUUGGUCUAACUGCUGUCGUCCAUCGUGAUCCCGUGACAAGGGAAUGGACACUUGAGGGGGGCGCCCUUGUGUUAGCAGACAGAGGAGUUUGCCUCAUUGAUGAAUUCGACAAGAUGAACGAUGCUGACCGUACAUCAAUUCACGAAGCUAUGGAACAACAAAGUAUCUCAAUAUCAAAGGCUGGCAUUGUCACAACUCUGCAAGCGAGAUGCUCUGUUUUUGCUGCUGCAAAUCCUGUGAAGGGAAGAUAUGAUCCUUCUAUCUCGUUUUUCGAUAAUGUUGAUCUCACUGAGCCGAUUCUUUCUCGUUUUGAUGUUUUGUGUGUCGUGAGGGACACGGUCGACUCAACACAGGACGAGACUUUAGCGAAGUUCGUCGUUGAUUCUCAUGUGCGGUCACACCCGCAGAAGGAUGAAGAGGAUUUCGACAACCCAGACAUGGAUUCAAACAGAUUGGCCGACAUGCUGGAGUACAGCGCUGAUGGGAUUGAACUCGUUCCACAAGGAAUGUUGAGAAAGUACCUCCUCUAUGCAAAAAACAAUGUACACCCGAAGCUGACCGAUAUGGACAAGGAGAAGAUUUCGUCCCUUUACAUUGACCUGCGAAAGGAGUCAAUGUCGUCGGGAGGAAUGCCCAUUGCGCUCCGUCAUCUUGAGUCUAUUGUUCGAUUGGCGGAGGCCCAUGCAAAACUGCACUUGCGCGAAUACGUUCGAGAAGAUGACAUCAACAUGGCUAUCGCAGUGAUGCUAGAAUCAUUUUUCGCAAGCCAAAAGUACUCCCUGAUGCGUCAGCUUCGGCGACGCUUUCAUAAGUAUCUGGCCUACCGGAAGGACGAUAAUGAGCUUCUAUUCUACGUACUUAGUGGGUUGGUCCGCGACUAUGCUGCCACUCAGCUGGUUCUUCGUCCGAACAACAGCGCGGAAGAAACAUCUGAACACGCCCCUAAACAAGUCGAGGUGGACCUCGAUGACUUUGAGGCCCGCGCUCGUGAAAUGAACGUGUUUUCUUGUGAAGGCUUUUACAAGUCCAGGCUGUUUGCUCAGCGGAGCUUCAAGGUUGACAAGAAUAGGGGUAAAAUCAUCAAAGUUAUGUAG